UUUCCCUCUGUUGUUGGUCGGCCGGUCAAAAUGAUGUGGAGUAUGUGCCCCCGUAUAACUAGGCGUCUAGGGGGGGGGGUUGUCAUCAGAAUGUCUGAUUUGCUGCGCGCUUAGGAUAGGAGGUAUAUGAUAAGGUCUUGGAGUGACUGAGAAUAGUUUACCUUCAUUUGACUUGGUGACGACGCACCUCCACAGUUGUGGUGGGUAUGUUGUCUGUCUGCACAGAGGAGGCCAGGAUUAUAAAUGAUGUCAACGACUCCCUCUCCAAGUUUUUCCUUUUUCGAAGGUUUUGUCUCAGAGGUUGAUCGAAUUAGAGGUUCAAUAUAUCUGUGUUCAUGGUCUGAAUGCCUUCAAGUCGCUUCGUGUUGGCGGCUUAGGCAGAUAGUUACUUGGCACACUGGAUCCUUGGAGAGUUGCUUGUGUGAUUAUGAAAAGGAUUUGCUAUCUGGUUUGUCUUCUCUCUGCGUCCCUUUCUUUGAAACUUGUCGGAGUGGUUCAAGCUUGAGCUUUGGAUUUGCUGGUCUAGCCCGACUGUUUCAGCGCGUAGUGUGCCAGUGGAAGGGACACUUUCUUCCGAUUCUGUAGUUUUGUAGCCUCCAAAUAAUUUGGCAACAGUGUUAGACUGAUGAUUUGAUCAAUUGUGAUGUGCUUGUGUUGACAGUUACCAUAAGAAGGCGAUUGCAGGAAGAUGAAUCAGUUAACUGCCAAAGUUCCUGUAGGCUUUAGGUUCCAUCCCACAGACGAAGAACUUGUGGGCUAUUACCUUCCCAUGAGGGUCACCGCCCGCAAGGUCGAACUCGACCUUAUCCGCGACCUGGACCUGUACAAGCUAGAGCCAUGGGAUCUUCAAGAUCUUUGCAAAAUCCAGGCCGACUCAAAUGAGAAGCAAACCGAUUACUACUUUUUCAGUCGCAAGGACAAGAAGUACCCGACGGGCAACCGCGCCAACCGCGCCACCACCCAAGGAUUCUGGAAGGCUACAGGGCGCGACAAACCUAUCCACACUAAGCUCCAGACUCUCAUCGGCAUGCGCAAAACCCUCGUAUUCUACCAAGGCCGCGCCCCUCACGGCGUCAAGACCGACUGGAUUAUGCACGAGUUCCGCCUCGACGAUGGUCCAGGCCAACCUGCUCACGUUAACGACGGCUGGGUGGUGUGCCGCGUCUUCAAGAAGAAUAAAAACCAGAAGCCGAAAGUGGAAGAGAGAGCAGUUUCUCACGAGGAGCACAUGGGUACGCUGCCUUCGGAGCACAUGGGCUCUCCAGACAUCCUUUCCGGAGGAGGUCGCUUUGCCUACUCCGAUCAAUCGCAGUAUGGAUCCAUCAAGCAGGAGAUCAUCAGUCUCGACGAGUACAAGUCGCGCCACUCAGACAUGUACUUGAACCAGUUCUCAGGGCAGAUGGCAUUGCUAUCCAAUGCUGAAACCCAGAGCCGUUCUAUGCCGUCCUCCAGUAUCUUAAAUCAAUCUCGCUCGCACACAUGCCUCACCUUGAGCCCUCGGCGACCAGAUUGCUACCAAAACUUCAACUCCUAUCUCGAGACCCCUGCCUACCCCGAGAACAGCACGGAGUAUACCGAUCCGCAGAGCAGUGGAAGUGGAAGCGACGGCGAGACUCAUGAGGAUUCCAUUCUUGGAAACCUGGAUAAUUUAGACUGGAGCGCAUUGUUGCAAGAACCAUCCUCUGGAAAAGACUCGCGGUGCCCUCCUACGGCGUCGGCGAAGGCCAACACUGAAGACGUUACCGCCCUCAUCCAGAUCAAGCGACAAAACUCCGAUAUCUUCUCGUCUCUUGAUCUCUGGAACUACUCCCACGUCGCCCAGCAGACGUUGUGAAGCUCCUGGAGCAAGGUAUGUACAUCGACGAUCACACCAAAGGAUAAGGUGGAGUGGUCGAUUAGCUUCCGAAUUUAUGACAUCAAGCUAGUCUCAACGAACUCCACCGCAACCAGCACAUCAACCAUGCCUUUGAUAUCACCACUCGUGAUGGUCCAGAAGGUUUGGAAUUGUACAUGAAGAUUGAUCUAGCUCCUAGACACCCUCAUUUGAGAUGUCUUCGAGUUUGAUGGAGGAAGAUGGACUGCAUGCAGGCCUGGUUGUAAAGAUUCAGUUAGUCGAGCUAGAGAUCAUAUCAUGAAAAUGAAGUCUAUUUUUAAAGCCUCCGCACAUAAAUCCCGCUAAGAUUCAUGAAGGGAAUGAAAAUGAGGUGUCUUCAUCGUCGACGGGUGGUCGCAUACACAUGAUUCAAGCGCUUGCUUCACCAAUCAUGAGUUGAUCCGUGGACUCUCCAUUAAACUCCAUGAUAGGUUGAUUGCACACAGGGUAAAAUAGAGAAGGAUGCAGUGUCAUAGUUGCAUGUUUAAGUGUUGAAAGCAAGUCUUGCACAGAACCUUUACAUUGAUAGGUCCUAAGUUGCUUUGAGAGUGGUCUAGUCGAGUCGGGCGGGGAGUUCAAUGCAGUUGGUGACAGAGUCAGCUAGAGCGCAGAUUAUUGUGAAUAAUUAGUACACAGAAGUUUAUAGAUCAACAAUAUCUUGCCUCGUGAUUUAGGAGCCAUGUUCGUCAUUAGCAUUAUCCACACAUUGUGGAAGUUGCAUUUGUAUCAAUACAUCAUCAUCUUCAUCAUCAUCAUCAUUUUCA